CUAAUGCCGGAUUCAACACUUGCUGCACCAGAAGAGAAUAAACUUACGGGCAUACAAUGGUUUGAAAGUGGACGCGCUAGCUCGCUGAAACGUGUAAUGGAGUCAGAUGCAGCGAUGACUGAUGAUUUAAUUCCCUAUAACAUAAUUCUUUUGGAUGCUCCUACUAUAACUACUCCUAUUGUGUCUUUCCCUGAGGUUAAAUCUGCGGUUCCUUCAUUGAAAUAGUUCAGGGGCUUUCCUAAGUUACCUGGAACUUUUCCUAUAUCAGCUUCAAAGGCGUUGGACAUGACUUCUUGCAGUAUUCAUUUGGCUUUCAGGCUGCUUUCCUCUCUACGUAGAUGUUGCAGAAGUGGUCGCACGUGCAGAUGUAAUGUAAUGGCUUUGUCUGAUUUGGGUGAUAAUAUACGGCAAGGUGCAAAAAGUUGUUCUCUUUUGUUUUAUUGGAUUGUUAUUUGGGUUUUAAGUUCUAGAAUUUCUAUUUCUUAUGCAGUAUGUUUCUGUACGAAUAGAUACCAUGUUUUGUCCGAGAGAAGGCGCUCAGAGAAAAUUAAUGAGGGACUUACGAUUCAUGGAUCAUUUAUUCCAUUUUUAUGAAGGUUGUUGAUGGAUCUCAUGGAGGAUGGAAAGCAAUCAAUAUGGUAAUUGUUGUUCCACCAGGUGAAGGGCACCUUCUUGUCCUGCUCUGUGAUUAGGGAUUUGAGGAAGGGUUUGGGAAAUGAGGCAGGGGGGGUUGAGGGAUAUCCUCACUUUCCAGCAAGGGUAAAGCCAAUUUGGCUGAGCUCCAGAUGUUUCACUCCAACGACUACCGUGGACGGGUGGAGACCUAGCUCUGACAUAAGCAUCUCAUGGAAUCUUGAUUAUAAUGGAGACCCAGUUGUUCAGCACAAUUCGAAUUGGAGAACUCCAGAUUCUCGAGGCAAUGGCGGAUGAGGACCAGAACCUGCUGGAAUAGAAAAAGCUUCGCUGAAUGCUUUCCGUGCUCCACGUGGUGGCCGUGGGUGGCAGAUUAAGGUUCUUUCGACGCUUCUGGAUCGGUUUUGGAAUCCGGAUAUCCUCAUUCGACACAAGUAGACAAAUUCAUUUCUGGAUUUGAUUUCAUUUUUUUGUUUAGUAAUUUUUUUAUUCGAUGUGUGUUUUGUGAACUCAAUCAAGAUACAAUUGUUGUUACUAAUCGGCGCAAUGCAUGGGAAGGUCUUGUGCAUGAAAAGGUUGAUUCAAGUAGGAGCCAAUGUAUGAUGAUUCGUGGUUUUCGUUUCCUGUUUUUUAUUGAUAGUUAAUACAUCUCUUGUGUACACGUUUCGGAUUUGUGUGUAAUUUGAUGAUUGAGUUUUGUUGUAAAUUAUUUUUUUCCUUGUUAUUUUCCAGAUUUUUUUUGCUUGAGACAUUUUAUAUUUUUUCUAGAAAUUUGUUGUUUGAUACAAUAUGGGGGUGAUCCCAUGAGCGUGAUUGUUGCACUUCCAAAACCUUAUACUUAUAGGGUAUUGUUGGCAGUGAAAGAAGAAAUGUUGAGAAGAAACGUGAGGCUGGGGAGGGAGUAUCUUUAUCGGAAAAGCUUUGAGGGCAAAGAGCAUUUACUCUAUGAGAAGAAGCACAAAAUUCGCGAAGCUUUUGCAGAAAACCAAUACCAACCAAGCUCAGAAAUGAAGAGGGGACGCUCCGUCCAGAAAUUGACCCCGAAGAUGAAAAUACUAUUGGUACUACUCGCGACCGACUUGUUCCUUGUUCAACAAUCGCUGAUAAAUAUGCAAAUGCUGCCGAUAGAGAUCCUACGAUUUUGCUUACAACUUCACGUCAUCCGAGUUCUUCCGGAUACUCUAAAAUUGCUUGCAAUAUAA